AUGGAGAGCCAGAAAUGCUCCAUCCAUAAGAAGAUCCUGGAGUAUUACUGCACUGAGGAUGAUACCUGUGUCUGUUUGUCUUGCAUGAUUGGAGGACAUAAAGGACAUGAGAUGGAGUCACUGGAUGAGGCUUCUGAGAAGAAGAAGGAGACACUGAGGAUCGUUCUGCAGAAACUUCUGACAAAGAGAGAGGAAACGGAGGAAAGACGGCUGGUGACACUGCCUUGUUUAAAGAUCUCAGGAGACGUCUGGAAGACCUGGGGUGACUUGUGUGAUACUGAGGAUGAAGAUAAUGAGGACAGAGAGAGGCAAGAGAAGCUCCUCCAUGAUGGAGGGAGUCUGGAUGUGGUUGAGAUAUCACACACAUUACAUGCAGGUUUAUCUUAUAUAAUAACAGAGGGAAAUGUAGACUUCUAUAUACAGGAAGCUGCAGACAUAUUACUGGAUGUAAACACAGCCCAUAAUAAUCUCCAUAUAUCAGAUGACAGGAAAACUGUAUCCUGGUCAGAUAUAGACCAGAAUCGUACAGAAACUCCAGAGAGAUUUCAGUUUUGUCCUCAGGUGUUGAGCAGUCAGAGUUUCUCCUCAGGGAGACAUUACUGGGAAGUGGAUGUCGGGGGAUCAGAUGUAUGGAUAGUAGGAAUGUGUUACCCCAGUAUAGACAGAAGAGGAUGGCAGUCAGGGAUUGGAUGGAAUAACAAGUCCUGGGGUUUGUACAGGUAUAUAAAUCAGUAUGAGGUGAGACAUGAUAAUAAACAGAUCCCCUUACCCACCAAUCUCUCCAGUAACAGAGUCAGGAUAUAUCUGGAUUAUGAGGCCGGGCGGAUCUCCUUUUAUGAUCUGUGUGACCCGAUCCGACACCUCUACACCUUCACCACCACCUUCACUGAGCCCCUCCAUGCUGGGAAUUGGGUAGUGAGAGGUUGUAUAAAGAUCUUUGGGGGGAAUCGGGAGAUAUAAACUGGUGACAUCAUAGGUUUGGGAUUGGUGGAAUAUUCAGCCAAUAGGAAAAGGAAGUGGUGGGGCUUAAGUCACUACUCGUGUUUUUUUAAGUCACUACUCAUGUUUUUCUACUAUAAAUAAAUGUAGGUGAGAAUUCUCCCUCUGUCACUCAUUGAUCACUGGGUAGAAGAUCUGACAUAACAGUGAUUAACAUGGUCCUAUUGGUCAGUAAAGAUGGGCCUAUCUAUAUAUCUAUUUUCUUUUCUUUUUCUUUUUUUUCAAAUUAGAUUUAUAUUGAAAUUUCAAAAGAUAAUACAUGAACAAUAAUCACAUAUAUAAGAACAUUUAAGUGGUGAUUUAUCCAAUAUAAGAAUGUGAAUCAGUAACUAUACUUCAGCCAUAGUAA